AUGGAUGAACUACUGGGCAUUAUCAACACUGAAUAUAACAUAACGUCCUACCACGGAUACUUAUUGGAAUGGACAACUGCUGCAUGGUUGACGCGUUGGGCGGACAAGGAGGAACCUACGAACCGAUCGUCACUGGCGCAUCACAGUGAUCGCGUACGUUCAUGGUUUUUCAUUUCUCUUUCUCCUCCAACAGGUACCGGUGAAUCGGGUAAAUCGACAUUCAUCAAACAGAUGCGUAUCAUCCACGGUAGCGGUUACUCGGACGAAGACAAACGUGGCUUUAUCAAACUAGUGUACCAAAAUAUUUUUAUGGCAAUGCAGUCGAUGAUUCGGGCGAUGGACCUGCUAAAAAUCCAGUACAGUGAUCCAGCGAACAUCGAACAUGCGGAGCUGAUACGAAGUGUAGACUUCGAAACGGUGACCACAUUUGAACCGCCAUACGUUCAAGCAAUCAAAGAUCUGUGGGCGGACGCGGGAAUCCAGGAGUGCUACGACAGGAGGAGAGAGUAUCAGCUAACAGAUUCCGCCAAAUAUUACCUAAUGGAAAUUGACCGUGUGGCGGCGACCGACUAUCUUCCAACGGAGCAAGACAUUCUGAGAGUGCGUGUGCCCACGACGGGAAUUAUCGAGUAUCCCUUCGACCUAGAGGAGAUUCGGUUUAGGUACCCUGCAAAACGUUAAAUUUAUUUCUGUUUUCUCUUGCUUGCAUCAAACACCUCCGAAAGACAGUGUUUUGUUUGAUUGUGUCGGGCGAAUGUUUCGUUGCAUCUCUCUGGUUCUGUUUUGUUCUUGUGAUUUAAUCAAAACCGCAUCCAACUGCAUCCACUUUAACCGUUUGUUUAUUAAAAUGCAUCCUCGAUUUGCGUUCAUUACGUUUGUCUCAAUGCUGCAACAGUCAAAACCGAGCGCUUUGACUUUAAUUGUACUAAUUUUAUCACUUCCGUUUGUAGGUAUGUACGUUUAUGCCUCAUACACACUUUUCUCCCAUCUGUCUGCGCAACUUUCAUGUUCUCAUAUUCACUCUUAUGUAUGGCCUCUGCAACUCCGGCCGGUCAAAGUGAAAACUGCACGCAACAUUUAUAUCAUAUCUGUUUUACCUAGAUUUACCAUUUACUUUCAAUCAUCAUUGUUCGCUGGCUUUCCGACACGUGCGUGAGUAUGUCUGUUACCUUGAUGAGUCUUGCCGUCCUCCAUAGGUGUCAAUAGGAGGUUUGGAGAGGGAGUGUGUCCCAUGCUGAGGAUAUGAGAUGGGCCAUAUUAUUUUUACAACAAUAGUUGUUAAUCGUUAUGUUUCUUGUAUGUUCGGGUUUACUGUUAAGGAUGUUUCCAAAGCCAACAAAAAAAUAGGAAUUGGUAAUGUACCUUCAGCUACUCCGCUGUCAAUCAUGGAAGUACCAGUAUACUUUUAUUUGAUUUGAGAAGGGAUAUUUCAAUGAUUUUUCAAACAAUUGACUAAGUAUCUUUCUGGAUUGCUUAACAUUUUCCAACGAACAUUCCACAGAUCUACUUUUGAGUUCAUCAAGUGCAAACAAUCUGGCCAGUUAUGCGCUAAAGUUCUGAAAAUCCACGAAAGAUCUUGCCUGGAACUAACCAUGGACCUUUUUAAUAAUUUAUAAUAAAAAAAACUAUUAGAACUAAUAUCAUAUUCAGAAGUCAAUUAAAAAUCAAUGCAAACCCUUGCACAUUAGAAGUACCUAUUUCACCAAACAAAUCUUGGAAUCCAAGGUAAAAACCUCAAAAGAAAGCUGCUGUUGCUGGAAGGCACUUAUUGCAGAAUAAAGUUGGACGAUUUCAAGAAAAAACUAAAACUCUCAAGUAGCGGCACAGAUCGUCCCUUGAGUUUCUCCUAGAAGAAACUGAAGUAGUUUUUAAUCUUUUGAAGUUGCUCCAAUAAUCAGCAAAUAACACUGGAAGAAACUUCCUGCGGAAUAUUUUGGAAUUUAUUUAGCAAGAUUUUACAAGCAGAAGAAUUUCCUGAAAAUGAAUCUUAAAUAGGACAAAUCGGUGAAGUACUAGAUUUGUAGUAAUGAGCUGAAUUUUAGUAUGGUGAGAAGGUUAAUUCUCCGUUGCUG